GAAGGGGAUGAAUGAGUCGUUAUCUGGUAGAGAGGGUAAGCUGUUUGUUGUAUUCACGCUCUUUCUCUUUCUCUCACUUUCUUUGUUUCUUUCUUUCUUUCUCUAAAAACCAUAACCUUAGAACUCACUCUGUAUUUCUCUAAGGGAGCAGCAAAGUUGGUUUUGUCAGAUUGGCGUGCUUUUACAUUUUAUAAAGAGAGAGAGAGAGUCACGCCUUGGUUCUGAACUGGGUUGCCUUUACUUUCUGCUUAAGAGCUUUUAAGUUUUAACUACCACCAAAUGAGAACCCUUUGUUUGUAAUUAAAAAGAAAAAAAUUUAAGGGACUAAAUUGAGAUUAAAAUUAAUUUAUGGGAUUUGGAUUUUGAGGGAGAUUAUGAGGGUAUAUAGAAAAAGUUGGUAUAGGUGGUGGUGGGGGCAGUGGUGCUGAUUCAAAGGGUAAGGGGGUAGAGAGAGAGAAAGAGAAAGAGAGAGAGUGGGAACAGUCUUAGAGCUUGGCUUUUUGUGUUGAGUUGUAGCUGUGGUGGUGGCUGUCAAAGAUGAGAAACAGCUCAUCUUUUUGAUUGGGGUGUUUUUGUUCUUUUUUUUCAGUCUUGAUUCUGCCCUUGUGGGGUUUCUCUGCGGAUUUAGUGUUCGUGCAGUGAACAUUGUGUUUGUUUGUCGUGCUCCCCAGAUGUUUGAUUCUUGGUACUUGACACAAAUGAUAUUGGAGAAGAACUCUCAUGUCUGAUCACUAUUGCCACCUUCAUUUUUCUUAGGUGUUUUGGCUUGCACUGAGACAGGAUAGCCAGGGAUAAAAGGAGAUUAUAUCAUAAAGGAAUGAGGGGUAUGUGGGUUUUGGGCUGUGAAACUUUGUGAAGGGGAAAAGGUCCUUGUUGGUGUUUGAUUUCGUUGGCAAAACCAAGCAAAAGUAACAGAGAAGCAAAUAUCUACUAUAAACAAAUAGUAAAGGGUCGGUAGUGUCAGUUUUUAGCAAGUGGGGGUGUCUCUGAUUUUGAGUUUUAUAUACAAGUUUUUUGGGUUAGUCUUUUGGCUCUUGGCAGUGUCUCCUAAGCUAGCUGAUCUCCCUUGCCCGGGCUCCUUGGGCUGUGUUACCAGUUGGGGAAGCAUCCUCUUAUUUUGGUCUCUUCUCUUUCAAGUGAAGAUUUCAUUAAAAAAUCCUUAUACCACUUUCUCUCUCUCCUUGGUCUGUGGGAAAGAUUCGGUCAUACUAAGAGAACAAAUACAGAGUUUUAACGAUCCAUUUAUUCUUUCUUAAUCUCCAGAAGUAUUCAGCCGUUCAAUACCUUUGAGAGUCUCCUUGCAUUAUCUGGAUAAUUUUGGUUGGUGCUGUGGUUAAACUUUUUGAGGCUCAUUAGAACUUAGAAGUUGAUAUCCAACCUCUUUAGGAAAGCAGAGAAUCAGAUCUUUUCCUUGCCAAAAAUGAAGUUUAUGAAACUUGGAUCUAAGCCUGAUUCUUUUCAGACUGAUGGAGACAAUAUUAGGUAUGUGGCAACAGAGUUGGCAACUGACAUAGUUGUUAAUGUUGGAAGCGUGAAGUUCUAUCUGCACAAGUUUCCCCUGUUGUCGAAGAGUUCCCGCUUGCAGAAAAUGGUUGCCAAUACAAAUGAAGACAACACUGACGAGAUUAACAUUCAUGAUAUUCCAGGCGGUCCUGCUGCUUUUGAGAUAUGCACAAAGUUCUGCUAUGGUAUGACAGUAACACUGAAUGCGUAUAAUGUGGUUGCAGCUCGAUGUGCAGCAGAGUACCUUGAGAUGUACGAAACUGUUGAGAAAGGAAAUCUUAUAUACAAGAUUGAAGUAUUCCUCAACUCCAGCAUAUUUAGGAGUUGGAAAGACUCAAUCAUUGUUCUUCAGACUACAAAGUCUCUUUUCCCAUGGUCUGAGGAACUUAAAGUUAUCAGCCAUUGUCUUGACUCCGUUGCUUCCAAGGCUUGCAUUGAAACUUCCAGGGUGGAGUGGUCUUAUACCUAUAACAGAAAGAAGCUCCCAUCUGAGAAUGACCCUCUAUGGAAUGGUGCGAGAAAACUACCGACAGUUCCAAGGGACUGGUGGGUAGAAGAUCUUUGCGAGCUUCAACUUGAUCUGUACAAGCGAGUCAUAACAACGAUUAAGGCAAAAGGAAAGAUAUCCAGUGACAUAAUUGGAGAAGCUUUACAUGCUUAUGCUCUCAGAAGACUUCCAGGUUUUAGCAAGGGUGUGAUUCAAGGUGGUGAUGUCUUGAAGUGCCGAUUAGCGGUGGAGACCAUUGUAAGGCUGUUGCCCUCAGAGAAGGGCAGUGUCCCCUGCACUUUUUUGCUCAAGUUACUAAGAGCAACCAUCUCAUUAGAAUGUGGGGAAGUUGAAAGGCAUGAUCUCAUGAGAAGAAUCAGCCAGCAGCUUGAAGAGGCUACAGUGGCAGAUCUUUUAAUUCGAUCCCCCACUGAGGAGACAACCAUUUACGAUGUUGAUAUAGUGCAAAGCCUGGUUGAAGAUUUUUUGACACGUGAUCAGACUGCUUCAAUUGAUCCUCUUAUAGAAAAUGAGUUCCAUGAGAUUAGAAGCCCAAGAUAUAGCUCAGAAGCUUCCAAGGUUUCAGUAGCGAAACUUAUUGAUGGUUAUCUUGCUGAAAUAGCUCGCGACCCUAACUUACCUCUGUCAAAGUUUGUAAGUCUUGCUGAAAUGGUCUCCAGCUUCUCAAGACCAUCUCACGAUGGAAUUUAUCGUGCCAUUGACAUGUUUCUCAAGGAGCAUCCCGGGAUCAGCAAGAGCGAGCGAAAGAGAAUAUGCAAAUUGAUGGACUGCAGGAAGUUAUCAGCAGAGGCCUGCAUGCACGCAGUGCAAAAUGAGCGGCUGCCACUUAGAAGCGUGGUUCAAGUCCUUUUCUUUGAGCAGGUUCGAGCUGCUACAACAGCCGGAAACAGAACGCCAGACUUACCAGGAUCCAUCCGAGCCUUACUCCCUGCUAGUGGAUCCCAUGGAAGCUCCAGGUCAAAUACCACCAAUACAGAAGAGGACUGGGAUGCUGUGCCAACGGCUGAGGAUAUCAAGGCCAUAAAAGGGGAACUUGCUACUCUAAGGCUGGGAACUGGUGAUCAUGGUGGAGUUGGAAGUAACAGGAAUUGUAGUGAUGGGACCAAAAUGAUCGUUGCAGAGAGAACUGCAUCAAAUAAGAAAGGUUUGAUCAUGUCAAAGAAAAUCUUCUCUAAACUCUGGUCGAGCAAAGACCGUAGUGGCUCUGGCGAUAUCAGUAGCUCGGAGACUUCAGAGAGCCCGGGUUCUACAAAUGCAGAGGAGACCAAAUCUAGUACUCCCUCGGCCAGAAGUGGGAGGCAUUCAGUAUCAUAAUAGGUCAUCUUUGGGGCAAGGCAACUUGUGUGUUGGGAAUAUUUGAAGUGUUAACCCUUGACAAAUAGAGGGGUGAGUCUGGAAUUGAAGAAGAAAGAUAAGCUAGUGUAAAAUCAUCUCAUUCAAAUUGACGUUAGGAAUAUGUUAGAUUGUGCUGACAAGUUUAGUUGAUGAAUUUGGGGGAAGAAGGUUAUGUUAUUGUUAGUGAGAAAAAAGUGCCCAAGCAGCAGAAGAAUAUGCUGUAAGGCCUGUAAUUGGGCUUCUGCAUUAUAUCGUCGCCCCCAAAAAAAAAAUUUGUCUUUUCAGUUUUAGAAUGGGUUUAUGAUAAUGACCCAGUUUUGCUGUAUCAUAAUCAAAAAGGGAAUGCCAGUUUUCUUUUUGUGGUUACCAA